UUAUAUCGAUUUCUCAUAAGACUUGUUAUCGCCAUCAACCCUUGUUUUCAUUAGUAAAUUUACAUUUUUUUAGUCCGACCAGCAAAUUAACUAAAAGAAAAGCCACUAAAGCCAGAAGCUAAGUGACCCCAGAGCGGCAAGGCAAAGGCAAAGGAAAAGCAUGAGCUGAGGCUGAGGCUGAGACCGAUACCCAUCGCAAGCGAAACCAAGGGCAGUCAGUGGUCCAGCCAGCGACACGGAAGCCACCACUCCAGGUAGGACCCACGCCUCCGCAGGAGCAGCAUCGGCAGCAUCAGCAGCAGUAGAAAAAAAGAGCACCACCACCAGCAUCGCCACCACCACCACCAUGAGCACCGUGUUCAUCAACUCCCGCAAGAGCCCCAAUGUGCUGAAGAAGCAGGGCACCGACCAGUGGGUCAAGCUGAACGUGGGCGGCACCUACUUCCUCACCACCAAGACGACGCUCUCACGUGACCCAAAUUCCUUCCUCUCCCGCCUGAUUCAGGAGGACUGCGACUUGAUAUCGGACAAGGACGAGACAGGCGCCUACCUGAUCGACAGGGACCCCAAAUACUUUGCGCCCGUGCUCAACUAUCUGCGUCACGGCAAGCUGGUGCUCGAUGGCGUCUCCGAGGAGGGCGUGCUGGAGGAGGCUGAGUUCUACAACGUCACGCAGAUGAUAGCUCUGCUGAAGGAGUGUAUCCUGCACAGGGAUCAGCGACCGCAUGCGGACAAGAAACGCGUGUACCGCGUGCUGCAGUGCCGCGAGCAGGAACUGACCCAGAUGAUCUCAACGCUGUCAGAUGGCUGGCGGUUCGAGCAGCUGAUCAGCAUGCAGUACACCAACUACGGGCCCUUCGAAAACAAUGAGUUCCUGUGCGUGGUCUCCAAGGAGUGCGGCACGACAGCCGGGCGAGAGCUGGAGCUCAACGACCGGGCCAAGGUCCUGCAGCAGAAGGGAUCGCGAAUUCUUGGAAUUUAAAGGCGUUGUAUGUAUUUAUACGCAAUCCCUAAAAACUAAAUCCGAACUCCCCGUCAUCAACAAACAACUAACAACUCAUUCCCGAUCGGCAACACAAUCAGAAACAGCCACACCGACACAACACCAAUUGGAUGCAGCCCAGGAAGUCAUAGCCACAUCAGCCAGCUCCAGCCACUGCACAGCAGAUCAGUCACCCAACACAGCCACAGCCACAACCACACCACACACUGGAUACACCACACGAGAUCAGAUCAAAGCCAGACUCACACAGAUCACCCACCAAGAUCAGCUGGAAUCACCCAAGCAGAGACUACGCAUUAUGCAUCGUUUGCAUUCGAUACAAAGUUAACAGGUACCACUGCGAUUAAAUCUCGCCUCGGUGCCGUUGUGCGCUUGGCUUGGCUAAUUGCAGCACUGUGUGCGGGCGUGCAUGUGUUCAACUUAUAGUAGACCAGAUAGACCCGACUACGCGACAACCAGCCAUGCUUCGAUGCGCUUCGAGUUUCAGCUUCGCUUAGAGAGGAUGGCACGCUUAAACCAGCCACCUCAGACAGCUGGGGCACUCAUUAAGCUAGGGAUAUACACAUUAACGGGAGUUUUUAGGGUUAGUCUUAGUAGUUUUUAUCGUGCUUACAAUAACAGCCCCGAUGACGCAGCGGACACUUCGCUGGAGCAGUCGCGAUUCCGAUUCCGAUUCCCUUGGUUAAGCAAUAGACUUACAGUACCUACACUAGGUUCGAGCUGCAUUUACGAGUCCUGUGUCCGCGUCCCUGUCCCCGGAAUUUAGAAAGCCGAAUAAAGCCAAUGGUUUUGCGAUUCAAGCGUGUGAGUUCCGUUUUGUGUAGACCCGGUUUUACUACCUUGAGCUUUAAAUCAAGCAAAGCAAAGAUAUCACCUUAAGGAAAUCAAUUGAAUCACGACUGAAAUUAUGUGAACUUGCACUUAAAGAAAAUACAUACAAAUUGAUAGUGGGGAGCCAUGUAAAAUGAGAAAUAUUAAGCGAAAAACCUAAUCGGCGACGUUUUGUACAGACAGGCAUGAUAUCUAUAAUACGAUAAGUACAUGAAUGUAUAUAAUUUUAAAUAGUUACUAAUUUAUACACGAAAAAGAAAACAGAAAACAAACAAAUUGAUAAUGAUCCAGAACGUCGCCACCUACUCGUACCCAUUUUGUAUCCAUUUUGACUUAUUUUACGUGCACGGCAGUCGAAGUGCAGAUUAUAUAGACUAUAACUUAUGCUUACGAGGAUUUACACUAGCAAGUAGAAGUACCGCAGCGCCCGAGUAUGCCGGACGCAGUGUCUGGCACUUAGCAAUACAGAAAAAGGCAACUGCAAGUAAUAUACAGACACGGCAACAAAUUGCUAAAGAUAAUACGAUAACCUAACCCCCUACUGUAACCCCAUAAGGAUGUACUCACCCCGAACCCGAACCCGCUCUGUACCCUAGUUACAGUCGCAGCUGCAGCUGGUGCUGGACCGGAUUACCCCCUGUCCAGGCCGUCUGGACAAUCCCUCACACACAAUAUAAAUAUAUAUGAAUAAACUUGGAUCCCUUUUUUAAAAA